UAGCCAAUAAAUAUGUAGCAAUAUACGAAUAAUUCUACAAAAUACGUUUAAUCGUUGGGCAAUAGAAAUUGUAAUUAUUUCAAAAAUUCCAUGAAAUUUUUAUAGAAAUCAUCGCUACCGUAAAUAUGCAUCUAUAACGAUUAUUAAAUACAACAGUUCGAAAGAUCGUUACGACGGGUGAUUUUUCAAGGAUUACGGCACUGGCCAACGGAUGAAACAAAUGCCUGUUGAUUGCGUGUGACAGUGGUUUGCGCCAACGCAUUUAUAACGAGCAAGCACUUAAUUACUUUUCGUUGUUUCUACCCGAGCCCCGUGUUAAUUCGCCUCCGUAAAACCAUGCCCCGUUGCUUGAUCAAAUCCAUGAGAAGAUACAGGAAAACCGAUAAUCCCGCAGAAGAGACCGAAAUUCCAUGGAUUCCGCCGUCGUCGAUCGAUACAAAACGAAAACACCAGACCAAAGACAAUCCGGCGAAAUCUAAUAAUAUUUGGACAUCCUCGAGCCUGCCGAUCGUAACACGGUACAGCUACAACAGAGGGAACUUAGAGAACAACGUGAUUCGGAACAAAGAAUCGUCGAGUAGCGGCGAGUUGAGAAGCACGAAUUUUUCGGAGAUCGAGAAAUCGUUGCAGCCCACCGUGAUCGAUACCGACCGGAGGAUCCCGAGCACGAUCGGCGAGCAGGGCCUGGAAAGAAUGCAGACACCGUUGUCCUCGGCGGCGAAAAAAUUAGAGUAUCCGAUCAAUGUGCCCGAAAAUCGAAUCAAAGUAGCGGUGAAUUUGAACGAGACGUUCAACGGAGCCGAAGGUCAGGCGGAGCCGAAAGCGUUGUAUUUGACACCGAGCAAGAAGCCGAUCGAUCUUUCUCAGAACCAGUACUUCGACAACGGGAAGACCGCCGGGGUCGAGAGCACUCCGAAUUGGAAACGAAAUAAAACCAUGCACUAUUGCCCAUUUUGCCGGAAAAGUUUCGAUCGUCCGUGGGUGCUGAAGGGUCAUCUGCGCCUCCACACUGGCGAAAGACCCUUCGAGUGUCCGAUGUGCCAUAAAUCAUUUGCCGAUCGAUCGAAUUUACGUGCGCAUCAAAGAACACGAAAUCACCAUCAAUGGCAAUGGCGAUGCGGAGAGUGUUUUAAAGCAUUCUCCCAAAGACGAUAUCUAGAACGACAUUGUCCCGAAGCGUGUAGAAAAUAUAGGAUAUCUCAAAGAAGAGAGCAAAACUGCACCUAAACUGUGAAUUUUACUUCUCUAAUAUAUACAGAUUUUAUACGAUAGAAACGCUCCAUAUACAUGUGUACCCUCCAUGUGUAUAGGAGGGUGUAAUAUAAUAUAUUUGUUAAUCAAUAUUAUAAAAUUUGAAUACAUAUUGUUGUUACGUUGUUGUUCUAAUAAAAUUCUAUGGAUAUUGUGUAUCAAACGU